AUUCCCAGUUGCUGAUGAAAGAGAAUAGUAAUUUAAAGAUGGCGGAGUGCAUGGCAGCACGUUUGACCGCGCAAGAGAACCAGAUAGAGCUUCUCACUCGGGAAUUUAGCCUCCUACGAGACGGGCUAAAUGGUGGUCCAGAGGUCGCCAGCAUUCUCGCCAGUUCUCCGGAGCUGGAGAGCUUACGGAGCGAGAAUGAGAAGCUCAAAUUUCGUCUCGUGCACCUCCGCCAGGGUCUCCAGGAAGAACUCGCCCUGGAGGGACAGGGCAAGGGGGGCACCAACAAAGGCCAGGAGAAGAAGACAGGGAAAGAACAACAACAGCCAAAUAACCGCAAUUAUGAUAAUAAUAAGGCAGAAACCCAUGAGACCAAACCUGUUGUUGAUAAGAACAACAAGGAGAAGCCAGAGAAGGCACAGGGAGGGGGUGGUGGCAGAGAGUCUUUCCAGCUGAAACCGUGGCCUGGCUACAUCUCAGAGCGCAUGCAGCUGUAUGAGGAGCUGAAAAAGGAGAGCGAUGCCCUMCUGGCCAGGAGAGCUGCAGACAGCCAGCCCAUCACUGUGGAGCUGCCAGAUGGACGCAGGGUGGAGGGUCAGGCCUGGGUCACUACUCCCUACCAGCUGGCCUGUGGCAUCAGUCAGGGCUUGGCUGACAAUGCAGUGAUUUCCCGGGUGAACGGGGACCUGUGGGACCUGGAUAGACCUCUGGAGAAGAGCUGCUCACUGGAGAUCCUGCGCUUUGACAAUGAUGAUGCCCAGGCUGUGUACUGGCACUCCAGUGCUCACAUCCUUGGUGAGGCCAUGGAGCYUUUCUAUGGAGGCUGUCUGUGUUAUGGACCACCCAUUGAGAAUGGCUUCUACUAUGACAUGUUCCUCGAUGGACCCCAGGGUGUGUCGAGUACAGAGUUUGAGUACCUGGAGGCGCUGUGCAAGUCUGUGGUGAAGGAGAAACAGCCCUUCGAGAGGCUGGAGGUCAGCAAGGAGACCCUACUGAAGAUGUUCAAGUACAACAAAUUCAAGUGUCGCAUUCUGAAUGAGAAAGUCACCACACCCACUACAACAGUCUACAGAUGUGGGCCUCUGAUUGACCUGUGUCGUGGGCCCCAUGUAAGACACACAGGAAAGAUUAAAGCCUUGAAGAUCUACAAGAACUCUUCUACGUACUGGGAGGGCCGUUCGGACAUGGAGACCCUGCAACGUAUCUACGGCAUCUCCUUCCCAGACUCCAAGAUGCUGAAGGAGUGGGAACGCUUUCAGGAGGAGGCUAGGAACAGAGACCAUCGGAAGAUUGGAAAGGAACAGGAACUGUUUUUUUUCCAUGACCUGAGCCCUGGCAGCUGCUUCUUCCUCCCGCGUGGAGCCUACCUGUACAACACACUCACUGACUUCAUCAGGGAGGAAUACUGUAGAAGAGGUUUUCAGGAGGUGGCCUCUCCUAACAUCUAUAACAGUAAGCUGUGGGAGACUUCAGGCCACUGGCAGCACUACAGCGACAACAUGUACUCCUUCCCAGUGGAGCAGGACAACUUUGCACUGAAGCCCAUGAACUGUCCCGGACACUGUCUGAUGUUCAGCCACAGACCUCGGUCGUGGAGGGAGCUGCCUCUGAGACUGGCUGAUUUCGGGGUGCUCCAUAGGAACGAGCUAUCAGGGACACUCACCGGCCUUACGAGGGUGCGCCGCUUCCAACAGGAUGAUGCUCACAUCUUCUGCACCAUGGAACAGAUUGAGUCUGAGAUGAAGGGCUGUCUGGACUUCCUCCGCUGUGUCUAUGACGUCUUUGGCUUCUCUUUCCAGCUGCACCUUUCAACCCGUCCAGAGAAGUACCUAGGAGAUAUCGCUGUCUGGAACCAGGCUGAGAAGCAACUGGAGAACAGCCUGAAUGAGUUUGGGGAACCAUGGAAACUAAACCCCGGAGACGGUGCUUUCUAUGGACCCAAGAUUGACAUUAAGAUCAAAGAUGCUAUUGGCCGGUAUCAUCAAUGUGCAACCAUUCAGCUGGACUUCCAGCUUCCCAUCCGCUUUAACCUGACCUUUGUAGGGAAGGACGGGGAUGACAAAGCGAGACCGGUCAUCAUCCACCGGGCCAUUCUGGGCUCUGUGGAGAGGAUGAUAGCCAUCCUCACUGAGAACUACGCWGGGAAAUGGCCCCUCUGGCUGUCCCCACGUCAGGUGAUGUUUGUACCUGUCAACCCUACCUGUGAAGAAUAUGCCAGGAGGAUGUGUAAACAGUUUGUGGAGGCUGGAUUCAUGGCAGACGCUGAUGUCGACUCCAGUUGCCUCRUAAACAAGAAGAUCCGCAAUGCCCAGUUAGCCCAGUACAACUUCAUCCUGGUGGUCGGUGAGAAAGAGAAGCUGACUAACAGCGUGAACGUACGUACGAGGGACAACAAGGUUCAUGGAGAGCUGUCUGUUUCUGAGGUGCUGGCUCGCCUGACCCUGUUGAAAGAGUCACGCUGCCGGAAUGCUGAGGAGGAGUUCUGAGGAGAGAUGGGGUGUUUCAUGACAGAUAAUUUUCUUUCACAAAAGAAGAACAAAAUAGACAUUUUAUGUGAAUGCAAGAGGUCUGUGUUGGAAGUAUAAACAUGGAAAGGGGUAGAUCAAAUGUAUUGACAUGUUUGAAAAUAUAAAAUAUUUUCUACUCACUUGACGGACCCUUUCUGUAUUUUGAGUAGUUUAAUAUGUAUGUUUCUUUGAUUGUCUAAUCAAUUUGAAAGAAUAGUGCAGGAAGUGAGAGACAAUAUUGGGGAUCAUGUAUUUGGUACAGUAGUGCAGGGUUUCCUAAACUUGUUUUUUUGCCCUAGCACCACACAGCUGAUUCAAAUAAGUUGGUUAUUUGAAUCAGCUGUGUAGUGCUGUGGCAAAAACCAAAACGUGCACCCAUGGGGUGUAGUGUAUGAAAGACCAUGCAAGAAUAUAUAUAUUUUUUAACACUAAUCUGAAGGAUAGAAUGUGGAUGAAAGAAGAUGUCAUGAGAAUGUUAUUUAUUGGGUUGUUGAAAGGUUGCAAUGUAAGCCAAAUAACACUUUUGGGAAAUAUUAAAUAAAAUCAUGAAGUAGCUCUGUCCUCUUGUUGGAUUGUAUCUUGGAAUAAAAUAUUGCCUCAACGUA